AGAGGGGCGGACAGUGAGAGGGGGGCAGUUGGCCGGAGAGGUCCGGAGCCCAGGGGGAGGGAGGCAGGCGGUCCGGUCCGGUAAAGGGGAAGGAGCCUGAAGAAAUAGGUACAGACUCGGAUUAGUGGAGCCGGAUAGCGGGUCAGAGGAUCGAGUAGCGAGCUGCGAUGGCUGAGAAAGGUGCCAGCGGUGACCCCGCCAGCUCCAGCGGGGUCAGACCUCCCAUCACCGUGGGCAGGGGUCUGCCAGGACGCCGGACUGCAGCCGCUGUCACACCGGGCCGCCUGCCCUCCAUCCGAUCGCGGGAUCUAACAUUGGGAGGAAUGAAAAAGAAAACAUUCACUCCAAACAUCAUCAGCAGGAAAGUUAAGGAAGAACCAAAGGAAGUAGAUGCUUCACAGAGGAAAGAGAAGAAAGAGCGAGAAAGAGAUCGGCAGAGAGAUGGUCGCGGGCGAGGACGAGGCAGACCUGAGACCAUCCAGUCCCAUUCCAUCUUCGAGCAGGGACCCGCUGAAAUGAUGAAGAAGAGAGCUGGUUGGGAUUCCUCUGUGGACAUGAAGGAGUUUGGAACGUCCCCAAUUAUUAACAUCAAGAAGGAAAAGCGAGAGUCGGAGGAAGAAACCAAGCAGAUUCUCCGCAUGCUGGAUCGGGACGAUUUUAUCGAUGACCCUGGCCUGAAAAACGAUGCCCGCAACAUGCCCGUGCAGCUUCCUCUAGCCCAGUCAGGCUGGCUGUUCAAGGAGGACAAUGAGGUUGAGGAGGUUGAGGAGCCGACUGCCAGGGAGGAGAAGAUGGAGAUGGAUAUCCCCGCUGUGAAAGUGAAGGAUGAGCCCGGCGGUGAAGAUGUGGCGAAGGGCUCUCCGGCAUCGGGGAAGCCCAGCGUGGUGAGGAAGGCUCCUGCUGUUCCAAGGAACGUUUCGGUAGCUGAACUGCUCCAGGAGCUCAGCAUGUGCAAAGACGACGAGCUGCUGUUCCUCCAGCUCCCCGACACGUUGCCGGGCCAAUCCCCCACCUGCGAAGAGAAGCCAACGAAAGCCGAGGUGCAGAACGAGGACGGGCAGACUGUGCUGCUGAAACAGGAGAAGUCUCAGGAACAGAAACAAGCUGAAAAUACCUGCUCGCUGAUGGAUCUAACGGAGGGUCAGAUUGGGAAGCUGCUGAUCAGGAAGUCUGGGCGAGUACAGCUCGUUCUAGGGCAGGUCACCCUGGAUGUUACCAUGGGAACAACCUGUUCAUUUCUCCAGGAGCUGGUUUCCAUUGGAAUUGGAGAGAACAGGACAGGAGAGAUGACAGUGUUGGGGCACAUCAAGCACAAGCUGGUCUGUUCCCCGGACUUUGAGGCGCUCCUUGAGCAAAGACAGUAGCGGGAAGUGAAGAUCUUGCACGAGAAAAGACAAGCUGUCAGCUUGCGUUCGGCGUCGUGUCUCCGACUGGAGAUUGUUAGAGGGCUCGGCCAAGCCUUGAAGGAACAGUUCACAGGAGAGACGGGCGCGAAAGUAACUUCUGGAUUGUGUUCAAGAAGGAACUGCAGAUGCUGGAGAAUCGAAGGUAGAGAAAAGUGCUGGAGUAACUCAGCGGGUGCGGC